AUGUUUUCACCGACCUUCACCACAGAUUCUCGUUCAAAACAUGCUCGUUUACAAUCAAUUGAUUAUCAUAUAAGACCACAUUCAAAACGAAAGGUUGCUUACUUUCAUCAUAAAGAAGUUGGAAAUUUUCAUUUUGGUAUGCAACAUCCAAUGAAACCUCAUAGGCUAACCUUGACUAAUGACUUGGUUCUCAAUUAUCGAAUGCAUGAAAAAAUGAGUAUUUUUUGUCCAGAAAAAGCUACUGAUAAGGAUCUAGUCGAAUUUCAUGAAGCUGAUUAUAUAAAUUUUUUAAAAAAGGUGACUCCUGAUAAUUCAAAUAAAUUUAUAGAUGAGUUUCAAAAAUACAAUAUCAAUGAAGAUUGCCCAGUAUUUGAAGGAUUAUAUGAUUUUUGUAAAAUUUAUGCUGGUGCCUCCAUUGCAGCAGCAAAUCGAUUAGUAGCAGGUGGUGCUGAUAUAUGUGUAAAUUGGAGUGGUGGAUUGCAUCAUGCAAAAAGACUUGAAGCUUCAGGAUUUUGUUUUGUUAAUGAUAUAGUAUUAGCUACACAAUAUUUGUUAAGGUACUAUCCUCGUAUUUUGUAUAUUGAUAUUGAUGUUCAUCAUGGUGAUGGUGUACAAGAAGCAUUUUAUAAUACUGAUCGAGUGAUGACUGUAUCAUUUCAUAAAUAUGAUAAAGACAAUUUUUUUCCUGGGACUGGUAAUUUGAAUGAGAUUGGGCAAGGUCCAGGAAAAUUUUUCUGUUUAAAUGUUCCAUUGAAAGAUGGAAUUGAUGAUGAUAGUUAUGUUUCACUUUUUAAGGAAGUUAUACAGGAUGUAAAUGAUCGUUAUCAUCCAAGUGUAGUGGUUUUUCAAUCUGGUGCUGAUUCAUUGGGAAAAGAUAGACUUGGUGGAUUCAAUUUGAGUAUAAAAGCACAUGGAGAAUGUCUUCGAUUUAUAAAAGAAUGGAAUCUUCCAUUACUAGUGCUUGGUGGCGGUGGAUAUAAAAUACAUAAUGUUGCACGUUGUUGGACUUAUGAAACUAGCAUUUUGUUAGAAACAGAACUACCAACAGAAUUACCAAAGAAUUCAAAAUAUUUUCAUUUUUUUGCUCCAGACUAUUCAUUACAUCCAAAUCUAAUCAGAAGAGUAGAUAAUUUCAACACAAAAUCUGAAUUAUCAAAAUUAACUCAACUAGUUCAUGAGCAAUUAAGAUUCUUAGAUGGUGCUCCCAGUGUACAGAUGCAAGAGAUUCCUGGUGAUUCACAUGAAUAUUUGGAGGAAUCUGAAGAUGAAAUAAGAGAUGCCAGAGAAGAACAUAAUACUGAUGAAAGUAGAGCUAGUAGACUUAUAUUACAUGAUAAUGAAUAUUAUGAUGGUGAUAGUGAUCAAGAUGAAGAUUCUAUGGAGAUUGGACCAUAA